UCUCACACUCUAACAGAGAACAAAAGCCAAUCAUAACAGUUGUUACAAGAGUGGGAGAGAGAACAAAAGCCAGUCAUAACAGUUCUUACAAAAGUACCCGCAUCUGUUCUAUUUUAUCGAAAGCACAUGUUCAUUGUCGCUGCGCUUCAAAAAUACGUUUCUCUUUCGUAUCGGCUUUACUCAAAGCGAGACGAAGCUUCGGGCGCCAUCUUGUUUUCUGCUUUUUUGGUGACCACCCACUCUCAUCCCUGGUUAGAAGAGCGUCUGGACAAGCACGUGUGUGGCUGAACAAAAGGUUGGUAAAAUCAUUAUGCAUAAUAAUACGAGUAUAGACGAUAGGCUUUGGCAAUAACUAUCUUUUUUUACUGUUAACCAAAAGGACUCCUCACGUCUUGGAAUUCUUUUUGUUUGCAAUUGUAGCAACCCUUGGAUCCCAAAGAGAGUCUCGACUGAUGCUCAAGGUGUAUUUUAUUUUACUUACAGCAGAGUCAGUCCAACAUCACCCAUAGCACCGUGAAAACUGUAUCAUGGUAUACAAAACAGCAAAUCACCAUACCGUUCUCACAGUGGAGUUUUCAAAUCACGGACUGGCAGUUAUAGCAACCAAAUGGUUUACUGGGCCUGAGGAGGAUGAAUGCUAUUGGCCACCAGCAAAGAUGAACUCGACAAGGGCAGCCAUAAAGCAAAAGGACCCUUGCACUGACUGGGUGACACACGAAAUGACCGUGAAGAGAAAUGCUGCAACAUAUGAAAUUGCUCACUCAAAGUUAGUGGAAUAUGAACAGAAUACAGAUGUAUCAACCGAGCCUGAGUCUACAGAGAAUAUGGGCAGGGGGAAGCGCAAAAGGAGGCAAGUGGUCAUGUCCAGCGAGGCUAAAGAUGAGGAUGACGACGACAUCAACAAUCAGGCAUCUCCAUCACCUCCGAGGCCUCCAUCUACUCUGAGAUGUAUGCAGACCCCUCCCCCCCUCCACCCACCCACGGGUCUCUGCAGACCCCUCCACCCACCCACAGGUCUAUACAGACCCCUGCACCCCCUGCUCCCACCCACGGGUCUUCAACCCCAAGACGAGACAUUCGGGAUAGCAUGUUUGUUUGCAUUUUGACCCUCCUUGAGGAGGUGAAAGACGCACAGAGGAACCAUGGGAGGAUUCUCCAGGCACUUCUCCAAGAUCGACACAACAUUGCCAACCCCGUUUGUUCUACUCUAGAGGGUUUCCCCCUCAAGAUGGUUAAUGAAGUCGACUGCAUGGAAGAAAAACUGGCAAACCCCACCUUCAUGUCAGAACUGAUUGCAGCUGUGGUGGACAUUGGAGGGGGCACUGUUGACGGGGCCACGAGAAGGAUGAUGGCAUUCCUCAUUGACCACAACCUAUCCAGACAGUGCAACUUUGUGGGGAGAAAUGGCAAGAGAGGAUUCAAGCCCCUCAAGCUGUUUGAAGUAAUUUAUGGAGCCUUGAAGAAGAAUGCAAUGACCAGUCAGAUCACCAGAAAGGACGCAGAGAAGGCGGUCUCGAAGUGGCUAAUUGGUUCUAGGGACCGGGGGGGCAAUCGACAGGCCCGUCAGGCCAGAGAGGCAGCCCCUCAGGAAAUUUAAAUUGUGUUUUGUUUUUUUUCUCAGUGAUUUCUGUAAUAAAAACUUAGUUUUUAUUUUUUUGUAAAUAGCAAUAAAAAGUAAUUGUAUUACUAGUCUUUUUGUCAUUGUUGUGUAAAGAACUGUACUAUGGGCUGACUGUAAAAUAAGCCCCCAUAAUAGUUAUUACCUUAAAGGGUACAAUCAGGGACCCAUAAUGAGCCCACAUGGGCCCACUCAGUGUGGGCCCCAGAUGGGAGAAACCUGGGUUGCCCAAGUGGGUUUUAGCUAGGGCCCAUGUGAAACCCACCUUCAGCCCAACUGGGCUUGCCCACAUGGGGCCACCAUGGAACCCCCGGACAAAACUGACUGGAGCCCAGCUGGGCAGCCCAUAUCCAACCCAUAUGGGCCCCACAAGGGUGUGUUGACAGGGAGUUUACCUCUGUCCCAAGGUUUUUUUUUUUUGGAGCAUGUUGAAGGCAUCAAAUUCUAACUUCGUUUAUAUUU